AUGUACGGACGAAAAGGGCGCCUUUCAAGUAUUGCAAGCCUGGUUACUGAGCCAAAAACCUACGGGUCCGAAGAAUGGAUGGAUUACUUGAAUAAGUAUCUUCCAGUCCUACAUGGUCAGGCAGUGGAACGGAUCAAGGCAGCCCAGGAGAGGCAACGAAAGUUCUACAACAAUGGACGCACUGUUAACGGAUGUACGAGCCAGGAGAACUAG